UCUUGGGCAGUCGCAAUGCCGAGCGAGCCGAGUAAGGAAUUGGAAGAGGUGGAUGUGGACCUGGAGGUGGACAACAAUUCGGCGGCCACCACGGCCACGCUGGAGGGACAUCAUGACGGCAAGCCCCAGGUGAGGUUCUUCAGCAUCGGCCCCAGCAGCUACCAAGUGCGCUGUCCGCUCUGCCAGCAGGACUCCAAAACGGAGACGGUGGAGAUGACCGGGGCCCUGGGCCAGCUCAGCUGUUUGCUAUCCGCCCUAUCCUGCUGCUUCCCGAUCUUCGCCCUGACCUUUGUGUACUCGUGCCUGCAGAGCCGCCUCAAGACCAAACGGGUCUUCUGCAGCAGAUGUGGGGGACAUCUGGGCUUCCACUGGCGUCCCACUUAGCCGACCGACGUUCGAAGUGCCGGUUCUCAAGAAUUAGCCAAGUGAUCUAUAAAUAAAUGCCAUCGGCCAGCUGCUGUCUAAUUUUU